GCAAUCCGCACUCCGACCUGCGAAAGGCAGCAAUACGCAACACAGCGUCGAGUCUGCCGGAAAGCUGCACGAAGAAGAUAUAUCUACCACUGAAAUAAAGGUGGGAGGAAAACUAAAGAGAGGAAAAUACAAUUCAGGUGGCUUUCAGCUCUCUGCUAUGUCUUUGGAGAAGACCUCCGAUCUGGCCAAUGAGAACACAUGUCUGCCGUCCUCACUGACCCUUGACCUCCGCUCCCCACAUAGUGCUCUGCUUGAUUCUGACCUGAGCAAGAAGGCCAAAGGCACCACCUCUACCAAGAAGCGCCACAAUUAUGCCACAUCCACUCCUCUGGACCUGCUGAAUGGCACCAAGGGUGGCAAUGACAUUGAUGAGGAUGAGUGCAGUCAGCAGCGAGAGGAGGAGAGGGUCCGGAACCAGGAGAACGAGCAGGGCCAGCACAGCAUAGGGACCAAUGCCAAGUGGCUCAAGGAGGAUCAGAAUCAACUGCGCAAGGUGGCAGAGAGGCAGCAGGACCAGAAUAGAAAUUCUGACCAAGAUCUGAAUCACAACGAGAGUCCAGAAGGAAACCCCAACCAGAACUCUUUAGUGGUGGACCAGCAAGUGGAGGACAGUGAGCAGAACCCCUCUUCUAAGACCUUGAGGUCCCUGUGCUCUGACCUGAAUGAGCCUCUGCUGAUCGAAACCUCAGAGGCCCCUCAUGGGAAAGAGGAAGAUGAGGAAGAGCCUCUACUUCUUCCAACAGGUGGAGAGAGGGACACAGACUCGUCUGAGGCGCAAAGUAGCAGUGAGUCUCGGAGAGAUGACAGUAGAGAAGUCAAGGAAACCUGCCUGCUGUUUCAGGGCAGAAAUGCAGCACCCAGUGAUGAGGACUCCAGCUGUAUGUCACUGUCUCAGGGCAGCACAGCCAACAGCACGCCGGAUGGUGACCCAGAAUCUUACUGGGAUCGCAGUGCGUUUGAGACUGACACAGACCUGCCUGCGGGGUGGAUGCGGGUCAGAGACGAGUCUGGUACCUACUACUGGCACAUCCCCACAGGCACCACCCAGUGGGAGCCCCCCUCUCCGCUAGAAGAGGGAGAAGCCCCAGAGAGACCCUCCAGUACCUCUCCUGUCAUCACACCCAGUGAGGAGCCACAGUUGACGUGGAGUAGUCUCACCCAGUCCCGCCCCAACCGCUUUAAUGAUGAGGAGUUCUGGAAGGAGGAAGAUGCAAUGGCUGAUCAGACCCUGAAGGAUUUUGAAGGAGCCACAUUGCGUUAUGCCUCUAUCAAUCUCAGCUGUUCACAGUCUGAAGGAAAGGAGAAGAUGAACUCACUCAUCAAUGACCUGGAUGCUAAGGUUUUUGCUGUGCGGUCUCUGGGCUGGGUGGAGAUAUCAGAGGAGGAGAUGGCUCCAGGGAAGAGCAGUGUGGCUGUCAACAACUGCAUCAGACAGCUCUCUUACCACAAACACAACCUGCACGACACGGCUGGGAUCUGGGGAGAGGGAAAAGACAUGCUCCUUGUUCUGGAGAAUGAGACCUUGAACCUGAUUGAUCCUUUGGGCCAGACUCUGCUGCACACCCAGCCUAUCGUCAGCAUCCGAGUGUGGGGAGUGGGCCGGGACAACGGCAGGGAGAGGGACUUUGCCUAUGUGGCGAGAGACAAACUGACUCAUGUUCUGAAGUGCCAUGUGUUCAGGUGUGAUACACCUGCUAAGAACAUUGCCACGAGCAUGCAUGACAUCUGCUCUAAGAUAAUGGCCCAGAGGAAAUCAUCCAAGUCCUCUCUGAACAGACUCAACAUAGACCCCUCUAAACUGGUGGACAUACCUUUCCAGGAAUUCCCUGCACCAAAGAAUGAGCUAGUCCAGUCCUUCCAGGUACGUUACCUGGGUAACGUGCCGGUGGCUAAACCCGUAGGUAAGGAACGCUUUGGUAUGGACCUAGUCAACGUAGCCCUCAACACAGCAAUCAAUACCAAAGAGAAGGAAGAGUGGACACCAGUUACUGUGAACGUGGCUUCAGCCACACUUACAAUAGUCACAGCUGAGACAGAGGAGGUUCUUUCUGAGUGCCGGGUGCGGUUCCUGUCCUUCAUGGGCGUGGGGAAGGACGUCCACACCUUUGCCUUCAUCAUGGCCGAGGGCCCCGGGGACUUCAUCUGCCACAUGUUCUGGUGUGAGCCCAACGCUGCCAGCCUUAGUGAGGCUGUGCAGGCCGCCUGCAUGCUGCGCUACCAGAAGUGUCUGGAUGCCAGGCCCCCCAGUACCAGCUCCUGCCUGCCAGGCCCACCGGCCGACUCCGUGGCACGUCGUGUGGGCUCCAGUGUCAAGAAGGGUGUUCAGAGCCUGUUGGGCAGCUUCAAGAGGUCUGGGUCCCAGACGCCCUGAGAGGUGCCAACCAACUAACCCACUCCAGUCCACCCCCAGGCCCAGCCCACCAUGCCAGCCAUGGCUCUCCUCACUCCUCCAUUCCCUCUCUCUCCCCCCACCCUGAGGUGUUAUGGUAUAACCUGCUUCCCUCUCAACACCUGUCAUCUCUUUUAGAUGUGAUGUCAGAGCCGUGGGCAGUGUGGGCUGCCGGUGUGGUUGGGGUACCAGUGAGUCUAGCACUGCCCACAGCUGCUCCACGCUUUUCACUUCCUUCACGUCAUCCUUGGUUGGACAAGUAGGCCAUGUUUUCCUUCCAUUGUUUGUUUAAUCUGUGAGUUAUUAAGAGGAAACUGCUGGACUCUUGGACAAUGGUUUGAAUGACAGCAAUAGUUGGUUAAACUUGGUCUAGUUUUUAAAGUACCAACACUAAUUAUGCUUAGGAAAACAGUACUGUUCUGUAACAUUGUCUCUGCUAUUUGUUUUGCAGAACAAAUAUAGUAUAUUAUUUGUGAAGAUAGAAAUGGAAGAUGUGCAAUUGAAUUGUGAAUGUUGAACUCAUGCCAUGUGCUUGUGGAACUAUCAUGUUGGUUUUCAUUUCAAAGUAGAUUUGAAAGAAAUUAUUGAGAAAUAAAAUGGCAUGAGAAGUCGGUAUAAAAUGCAUCAUGGUGAAUGUCACUGGUGGAAGAACUAAGACUUGCUAGCUACGAAUAUAAUAUUCGGCAAAUAAAAUGCUAAUCGUUUGGGUCAUUAACAUCUAUACUUUGUACAGUACAUUUUGUUAAUGCCUAAAUAGCUUAGCAUCCCCUCUUCCAUCUGAUGGUGCUGGUAAAUCAGCAAGUGCAUUAUCUUUAUUUUAUAGCUAUAUUUUUAUUUGUAUGUUUAUUGCAAAUUGCACUAAAACGUGUAGUUCAGCUCCUCAAAUCUGAAAUGGAGAUGGCAUACUUUUAGAGCAUGGCUCAAGUUUGAAUGAAACCUCUCAAAUCUCAAAGAAAGCUUCGGCUAUCUCUUACUGCACUCCAGCUGUAUACCAAGUGGAGGGUACUGUAUGUUGGAGUCAAGGAAUAUAUCAUCUUUGUGAUGCCAAAGCUAGAAGAAUCAUGUGUUUUUAUGGUGUUCCUCUUCAGAUCUAGUGUGUGGAAAUUGACCUGAAGCUGAUUUUACCAUCCUUUUGUUAUGUUCAGAUAAACAGAUUCAUUUAACAUUUUUUGGUUAACGAAAUUUGUCUUUCGUGUACGUUUUUACACCAACGUGUCAAGUGUUAUACAUUGUUUCCUCUACUCCAUUCUCUAUGCAUGUUUAGUGUAUGUUUUUUUGUUACGUCUCAGCAGAGUGACAGAGCUACUGUUAGCUACCGAGGUGUCCCUGCACACUUACAUCUGCCAACUUUUGUCUCUUAACCAAUUGGGUCUAAGGGCAGAUGGAACGUUAGUAUUGUUGCGAUAGACAUGACACUGACAAAUAAGAUUGUAUUUGUCACAUGCACCGAAUACAACAGUGAAAUGCUUACUUACAAGCCCUUAACCGACAAUACAGUUCAAAUUACACCAAAGUCUGUCAUUACCACACACUGUUCAUUUAACACCGACAUUUUUUUUAUUUACAUUUUUGAAACUUAUGACUGCCCUCGGGUGGGCUUUCAAAUAGUGUUGUUCAUGAGCAGUGUGUCUGACAACACUAUAGGAGAGCUAAGAAGCCUGACAUAUUCAGUCUUCAGAAGGCAUUUUGUUAUGCAGAGAUUGCAAUACGGAAAGUGUUGCUUACCCACAGACAGUGUUUGUCUGUGAAUGAGACAGACUGAAAAUAUGUGUUGGAGUUUCUUCCUUGCGGUGUGUAAGUCUUACGAACACUUCAUUGCAUAUGAACACGACAUCUUUAAAAUACUCUAUCCCAUAGUUGACUGACUAGAUUUUCCCCUUUUUUUGAAUGCAGUUGGUUCAAAAUAAGUUACAUUUUUUAUGAAAUUAUAUUUUCCUAAGUGUGUAUAAUAUACUGUAUCUGUGAGGUAGAAAUGCGUUUUUUAGCCUCGGUUCUUACCACUGUGGUCACUGGUGCAGCAGUGUUUCCAAAUCUGUAUCUCUAGACUAUAGUUAUCCUCCUUCACUUUAUAGCACCACAGUUCUCCUUCCUCUUUCUGAUCUGUUUUGGACAGCAAUUUGACCAGACAAUAAUGGAUUUGGCUAAUGCCUUGCUUCAGCUGCUCUGUCACUAAGUAUUGACUCAUAAAAACAUAAGUGUAUGUACAAUUUAGUUUUUUGGUUUUACAUAUUCAGAUUAUUUCAAAAAAAAAAAUGUACUGAACUUUUGUCCGUGUAAUUUCCUUUGCUCCUAUAAUUGUUACUCCUUACUAUACACACUAUGUACUCCACUACAUUGGUUGCCUUAUACAAACAGAGCUUCCUGGUGUUCUAUUUGAUUUUGAAUGCACACUGUGUAAUGUUGUACCAUGCUUUGAGGCUUUGCUUCUGGAGGCCUCAAGAAUACUUUCAAGAAAUGUUGUGUGUUGUGGCAAUCGAUAUGCCUACAUGAUUUCAAAUGUUUUUCCUCCCAUUUCAAUAGUGACUGUCACUAAACAUCUCAUCCACUUAUUUGUCACCUGUUUCUUUUCAGUUUUGCUGAGAAACCUGUUUUCACCCAUAUAUAUUCACUACAGUGUAGAUGUCAACCUAUGGGAGCACAUUGCAUGGCUGACACAUGAAUGGUAUAUAAGAACUGACCCCAGACUCUCAGAACAGGGGAGCUUAGAGGUCUUCAGUGUGUUUCAGCUCUGUAAGGACGAAUAUAGGACACGAUAGGAAGUCUUGAGUAUAUGUUUAACCUACCCAUUGGAUUGUCUAUUUAUAUGCCUUGUUGUGUACGCUCGAGAUAUUUAGGUUGCUUUGGUGACAUUAAAUGAUAAAUAUUUGUCUAAUUAAGGAUUAGUCAUGGCAAUAAAAAAAGUCAUAUGCUUUUCUUUAAUUUAAGAUGAAUAUUAUUGAAUGAUUACAUGUUAAGGAUGAGAAACAGACUUUGAUCCAAAUGAACUGCAACACUAAUAUGAUAGGGAUGUGAUCAUGUCCUCUGUCAUAAGCCAUGGAAAAUAUAUGUACAUUCUCUUGACAAACCUGAACUUUUGUCUGCCUUUUGUUUGUUUCGCAUUGUGUUCAAAGAGCAUUAAGAAAACCUUGAAGUGAUAGCUUUUGUUCAUACUGUAUGUAAGACACGUGUGUAUGUGAGCAUUUUAUGUUUUUGUUUCCUUUUAAUAAUAUCCACUGAUGACUGUAAUGCAAGAAAAAAGGAUUUGUUUUUUAUUUUAUCUAAAUAAUGUAAAUGAGAUGUUAUGUAUAUGCAGUACCUGUCAAAAGUUUGGACACCCUACUUAUUCAAGGGUUUUUAUUUAAUUUUUACUAUUUACUACAAGACAUCAAAACUAUGAAAUAACACACAACAAAUGAUAGUCCCACUAAGUGCAAACCAGAUGGGAUGGCGUUUUGCAGCAGAAUGCUGUGGUAGCCAUGCUGGUUAAGUGUGUCUUGAAUUCUAAAUAAGUCACAGACAGUGACACCAGCAAAUCACCAUCACACCACCUGCUUCAUGGUGGGAACCAUACAUGUGGAGUUCACCUUCUCUGCGUUGCAUAAAGACACAGCAGUUGGAAGCAAAAAUCUCAAAUUUGGACUCAUCAGACCAAAGGACAUAUUUCCACCGGUCUAAUGUCUAUUGCUCAUGCUUCUUGGACCGUCUCCUCUUAUUAUUGGUGUCCUUUAGUAGUGGUUUCUUUGCAUCAAUUUGAUCAUGAAGGCCUGUUUCACGCAAUCUCCUCUGAACAGUUUAUGUUGAUGUCUUUUACUUGAACUCUGUGAAGCAUUUAUUUGGGCUGCAAUCUGAGGUGCAGUUAACUCUAAUGAACUUAACUCUGGGUCUUUCUUUUCUGUGGCGGUCCUCAUGAGAGCCAGUUUCAUCAUAGCGCUUGAUGGUUUUUGCAACUGCACUUGAAUAAACUUUCUGUGUUCUGUAUUGACUGACCUUCAUGUCUUAAAGUAAUGAUGGACUGUUGUUUCUCUUUGCUUAUUUGAGCUGUUCUUGCCAUAAUAUGGAGUUGGUCUUUUACUAAAUAGGGCUAUCUUCUGUAUACCACCCCUACCUUGACACAACACAACCGAUUGUCUCAAACGGCGUUAAGAAAUAAAUAAAUUCCACAAAUUAACUUUUAACGAGGCACACCUGUUAAUUUAAAUGCGUUCCAGGUGACUACCUCAUGAAGCUGGUUGAGAGAAUGCCAAUAGUGUGCAAAGCUGUCAAGGCAAAGGGUGGCUACUUUGAAGAAUCUCAAAUAUAUUUUGAUUUGUUUAACACUUUUUUGGUUACUACAUGAUUCAUAGUUUUGAUGUCUUCACUAUUAUUCUACAAUGUAUAAAAUAGUAAAAAUAAAAUAACCUUGAAUGAGUAGGUGUGUCCAAACUUUUGACUGGUACUUUACAUGUAUAUUAAAAUCAACUGUCACAGGACAAAAUAAAAAGUGGAGCUGUUUCGUUGUGGGCCGUUGUCUGCUGAAUAGUGCUGUGAGUAGCUGGGUACACAUCACCUCAUUCAGGAUGCACUCCAAGCAUGGUUUAAAAACAAACAAAAAGUGGUUUACUUGUAGAAGACCAGAUGCAUACACACAGUUUGCAAUGAAUGACUUGGAAAUGUUUUGUUCAUCAUCAAUGUGCCUCUGUUCAAGAGACUGAACAAUAUUGAGAAUUCUCCUCAUGCUCCUACUUGUCUUAGUUUACAGCUGAAAUGGAAAAAAAACAUACAAACUAUCAUGAAUAUUUAUGAGGCUGUGUCAAUAAAACAAAGCCAACACCAUCUA